AUGCUGUUCCUAGUCCAGGUCCUCCUCACCCUGUGGGUCUCCUCGGCUCAUGGACAAGGAAGAACUUGUGAUUUUCCAGAAAUAAAACAUGGAAGCAUAUAUGAGGAAAACAGAUAUAAGCCAACCUUCCCAGUGGCUACGGGGAAAUACUUCUACUACUCCUGUGACCACAGCUUCGUGUCUCCUUCACGGUCACUCUGGACUCAAAUAAACUGCACGGAGGGAGGAUGGUCGCCCACCCCGAGGUGUAUCCGACAGUGCUUCUUCCCGUGGGUGGAAAAUGGCCAUUCCACAUCUGCAGGGCGGACGCACCAGGAAGGGGACAGCGUACAGAUCGUCUGUGAUAAGGGCUACAGCCUCGCCAAUAACCAGGAUGUCAUCACGUGUGCGGAACGGGGCUGGUCUACGCCCCCGACAUGCAGCCGCAUCAAGUCCACAGACAAAUGUGGGCCACCUCCUGCUAUUGACAAUGGAGACAUUACCACCUUCCCAUUGUCAGUCUACGCUCCCGGGUCUUCAGUGGAGUAUCAGUGCCAGGCCUACUAUGAACUUGAGGGAAACAGGAGAAUAACGUGCCGUGAUGGACAGUGGUCUGAGCCACCUAAAUGCUUAGAUUCCACAGGAAAAUGUGGGCCCCCUCCCGUUAUUGACAAUGGAGACAUUACCACAUAUCAAAGAGCAGUCUACGCUCCCGGGUCUUCAGUGGAGUAUCAGUGCCAGGCCUACUAUGAACUUGAGGGAAACAGGAGAAUAACGUGCCGUGAUGGGGAGUGGUCUGAGCCACCCAAAUGCUUGGAUGCAUGUAUACUAUCAGAAGAAAUCAUGAGAGAACAUAACAUAGAGUUGCAAUGGUCAUAUGAGAAAAAAUUUUAUUCUAGAACAAACGAUUAUACUGAAUUUAGGUGUCGACGUGGGUAUCGUGCAGUGUCACCAGCAUCUGCAUUCCGAGCACAAUGUCGAGAAGGGAAAAUGGAGUAUCCCACUUGUGCGUAA